CAUCGCCGAUACACGUUUCAGCUGAUGAACGUAAGCAGGAAUGGCGUAUCGAACAGUGUGUAUGUUGUCUGCUGUGAUAAGUUAGCAGCUUAUAUUUGUGUCGUUUUGCCUACGUUAUCGCUGACCUUCUAAUUGGCGAAAAUUAAAUCUCGGAAUCAACAACAAUCCUGUAAGCAACAGAGAGUCAACAUAACAUCAUCCGAGCUUAAUAGUGUUCAUGUCUGUGAAUUUAAUUGCGUAACGGUUCUACACGACGGAUGGCUACGGUGACUUCUGGUGAAAGAAAGUGAGAGAAAAGUCAUCACGAAAAUGUGGAACAAUUGACAAAUGCACCGUGCAAAUGUUUCUAGUCACCCUUCACGGUCACCGACAGGAAAACGACCUCCUAUAUUUCUUCUUGGGGGAAAGUAAAAUUUAGCAGACGGCGAUCGAUGUGUUGGCAAGCGAUUUUCCCCUAGGCAACACUAACCAGGUGUGCAUCGUGUUAGUGUGUGCGUGCGUGUGUGUGUGUAUGUAUGAACGUGUGUACAUGUGCUCUUGUUUACGCAUAUGCGUGCGGACGAGUAGUGAAGCACUUGGAAAAUAGCAGUUAUGCUGUAUUUAUGCAGUGAACAGGAAAAAGUGCAAAGUAACUCUUGGGCUUAGGAAGAGCGAAGGAGAGAGAAAGAGAGAGCGAUCCAUCGCAAUAGGCUGUAACAAUAGAAUUUAUGCAGUGUGUGCUUUGUUAGUAUUGAGCUCAUUCUUUCGCUCCCGCUGGAUUUCCACGGUGUUGUGAUAGUUUGAAGGACAACAUCAACGGGGGUAGGUCCAAAAACCUUGCAAAAAGGGCAUACGAUCGUCCCCGCUAAUCGUACACGUACCUGUGUAAAGUUGCAUGUGUAUAUAAUCUAAGCUAACAGUGUGUGUAUGUGUGUUUGGUUUGGUGUGCUUGAAAUAAUAGAGCAAAUCCAAAGGAAGGAGAUCGUGAAAGGUAAAGAGAAGGGCACAAGACUGUAGCGGCCGUUUGUUUGAAAGAGCACCCCUAAAGAAAAGGGAAAACCGCCAUCGUCAUCGUCACGCUAGGAAAGUAUCAGAAUUGGUCGGCCAAAAUGUCGUCGAUCGUGGACAUUAUCAACCACUACCAGACCAGCAUCAACAAGUCGUUAAAUGAUACGGCCAGGAUUGUACACUGCAUUGGGAAGCUGUACAAGCUGCCAAUAUCCGUACGACAUCUGCAAGAUACCGGCAUUGGACGGACAGUCAACAGUCUUCGGAAGUACGACGGUGAGGUGGGCAUUGCAGCCAAAGCACUCGUUACCAAGUGGAAAGCGAUGGUAGCUGCGGAAGAAUCGGAUGACAAUACUGCAAAUGCAGGCACCCAUGGGGAAGGCGCGGAUUCUGAAGGACGUCAGAAUGAGGAUGGUCAACAGCGAAGCGAUGUGAGCGAUCAGGAAGAAGACGGUCAUAAUCGUUCAUUGGGAGAUGAUGACGAUGAAGAUGACGAUGAAGACGAAGACGAUGACGACGACGACCGGGUCUCACAUCAGAAUGCAGAUCGGGAAGAAUCCUAUGGUGAGCCACAGCUUCGCGUGGACGAGGAAUUUCCUACUGAAGCAGAAGGUAACGACAGCAAUAGCGAUGAAGAAGAAUCGGAUGGGCAAACGGCUCAGCCAGAAGUUCACUAUGUUAUGCAUCAUCGUGUAAUCGAACCAGAGCAUCCGAUUAGUUUAGAGGGUAGGGCAACAUCCAGCCAGUGGAAUGACCAUCACAAUAGUGCUUCUAGUAAGCGACCUUCGAACGGUAGUUCACGAAAUCAACAUCACACGUCCACUUCCAAAGCAUCGAGCAGUUCUAGCAGUGGGCAGAAACAUAAGCAUGAUGAUAGAAGCGAUAAGACCGAUAGAAGAAAGAACGAGGCUGACCAUAGUGGUCAGUCAUCAAAUGGAGGGGAGACGAAACCUAACAAAUCAUCCUCCUCCAGGAUGGAUCAUCAUGGAUCGUCAAGGAAAACGUCAUCGCAAGGUGACGGUGAACGGCACAAAGAUCGCAGUUCCUCAAAACAUCACAGCAGCAGCAACACAAAUGAUCACGGUGCCGGUAGUAGCAGUAAUCAUAGCAGUAGUCACGCACGAAAAGAUUCUAGUCACAAAGAAGACCGACAUCGGUCAAAGGAGAAGCGCAGCGGUAGUUCGAAAAGGCACGCGACGGAAGAAAGCGAUGCGGAUAGGGAUACGGCAUCGUCAUCGAAACGAUCUCGCAAGGAGCACCGAUCGGACCAUGGUAGUGCGGACAGCGCAACGCAGGUGACAUCAUCCUCAUCAUCUCCCCAUGCUGCUUCUACCUCAUCAUCACAUGGAAAGAAGGAAAAAUCGAAAGGACAUUCGUCUUCGUCUAAGCGAAGGGAGCAUCACGAUAAAUCAGAAUCAUCACGCGAAAGAUCGGAUGAGUCUAAGUCUAAAUCGAGAAGGAAAGAUAAAUCUCGAUCAUCGCCUGGAUCAAACCAAGAGACCCACAACGACGAUUCCGUGGGGGAGGAUGGUAACGAGGGUCUCGAUUGUUCCGGGGGUGCUAGUUUUGCCGAUGCACUCGCCAUGAUAGGUAUGCCUUCCGGAUCGAAGAAAAAACCAUCCGGCAGUAGCAAGGAAAAGGUGAAAGUAACCUUAAUGAAACCUUCCACUUCUUCCACAUCAUCGAGUCUUCGAGAUAAUGAAACGUCCUACUCGCGUAGUAAACAAGAACAAGCAAGAGUAUCCUCGUCCUCCUCUACAUCCGUCGGACGUAACGGAGGUAUGCCGUCUGCUUCGGAGCUUCUUUCACAGAAUGUAAAACUAGAGCCACUUCCCGAGGCUUCGGAAAUAGUGGAAUCGCUACCAUUGAUUUCGCCCCAUUAUCGUCCUAUGCCUCUCAAUCAGACCGUGAUGGAGUGUGUGUUUAUGGGUGGACAGAGCGGCCGUGGUAAAGGUCGACCGCUGACCGAAGAAGAGGCACUCGGACAGAGCAUGCAGUCGAAAAACAUGCGUACGAAGGUUUACUCAGGACAAAAGACGAACGCGAAAGGCGUAAUACCGACGUUGUACGAGCUGUGCAUUCGGUUGCUGCAGGACCACAUCGAUGAGAUAGGCGCGACUGGUGGUAUACCGUUUUACAUCCUAAAACCGGUGCUUGAACGAGCGAAUCCGAAUCAGUUGCUUCAUUUAGAGCACUUUAAUCCCCACUUCGUCGAAGAUAGCGACGUACUGUGGGAACAACACUGUAAGCGCACGUUCCGAUCGAAACAACGAAACGAGGAGGAGCUGGAAACGUGGCGUGAAAUGUUUCUCCGUUGUUCCGAGGAACGUGACGCGAAGCUGAGAAGUCUUACGCAGAACAUUAAACUUUCACAGGAACAGGCGGCAGCUCCGAUACGCAAAACGCAACUAGCGUACGUUGACUCCGCCGUUAAACCACCGCGAAAUGUGAUUAGCAAACAGGUUAAAUACGGCACGGCUCGAGCACCGGUCGUUUCUCCAGCGGCCCGUGUAGCUGCCCUCAAGGCGGGCAACGUAACGCAAGUCGGCGAUGCACGGUUACGUGUGGCGGCCGGUGUACGCGAUAAUGCACAAGCGCAAGUUUUCCAACCAACGAAACCACGCAAGGCUCCAAUGAUGGCCAAAGUGUUGUCCUCAAUGAAGGGUUUCAAAACCAGCUUCCGUCGUUAGGGGGACAGAUGUGUGCGUUUCCAGCAAAGAGCCAGAUGGCAAAACUAAAUAAUUGUAUAUGUGGAAGCAGAGUAGUUCAACCAAUGAGACACUGUUGCGGCGUUCCGUAAAACAGCAACAUACAAAUUUGAACCCAUGUUUAGUAUCGAUUAAACCCUCUCUAGAUGCGGUUUCGCUCAGUUCAAGUAUUUACUAAAUUAUGUUUUACUACGUCAUUUUAAAAGUUCUAAAUUAUGUUUGUAUCCUGCGGUACUGUUUACUAUUUUAGUUUUAAUAUUAUCGUGAAAAAAUAAGGCCCUUACUAUACAGACCGCAAUGAAAAGUUUGACAUCACGCCCAUAUCACUCUACGGUAGCCGGCCGGCAAGGAGAAUAUACAGGCCAAAUAUCGACAACCGAUCAAGAACAUUGAGCCAAAUAAGAAGGGGUUUCUCGUAUCGUCUAUCGUGUGCUCUGAUUUUAAUUUACUCUUCACACUUAAUGUUGUUAUCUAUAACGUAUUUUUUGUACACAUCACAUUACUUUAAAGAUCGACUCUGUGCGAUUUGUCCUUUUGUUGUUGUAAUCAAUCGUUUGCUUUUUAUAGUACGAAAGUAAAAUAUAAGUAAUUUAAAAUUUUUA